AUGAAUCGCGAAAUCCCCGGAUUUUACUUUGAUCCUGAAAAGAAAAAAUACUUUAAAAUCCAGGCAAACCACAAAGCCGCUCCGGGGGCAAAUUAUUCGCAAGAUGCCGUGAAAAGGAGACGCAUAGACUAUGAGAAACACCAGAAAAAAGUCCAACACAAUCAGAGGGUAGCAAAGGAGAAGAUCAAGAAAGCUACCUCUUUGGCAAAUCCUCUAAUGGGGGUGGACAGAGAGAUCGGAACGCGAUGCAUAUCGAAAAGCGCUCGUCAAGAACAGCAAGGACUGAUAUACGCCAGUCAAGUGCGCCGAAAAGAGUUGCACCGAUUCGAACCAUGGCCAGAUGAAUAUUCUAUUAGACAGGUUCUCCGUAACCAACGGUCAGGAAUCUUGAUUGCCAGUGGUUAUCGUGGUGGUGAAUCUUCUGUUUCAGUAUGCUUUCCAGACUUUGAUAAGAAAAGGUGGACAUACAAUCAGACCAUGGAGCGAGUUCUUUUCAAAGAAGCAUACAGGCUUGCAUCUAUCUCACUAAGCCAUACCGGAUAUCUACUUGCGGCAAUGGAUAGCGGCCCUAGCGGUGACUCGUUCCUUGCGCCACGAAUGCUGCCUGACCCCGACGAAGGAGGAGAUUAUCGAUGGCCUCCGUUCUUCUCACACCCCGUAAAGAUCCCCACCACACCAUCACUAUGGUGCACCGCUCCCUGCCCAGCAGGCCCCAAACCGCUCUUCGCAAUUGGCACAUCCGACGGAUUACACACCUUAGAGGGCUUCGGAAGCCACUGGUCACUAUCCAAACUACCCUUUCCCAACGACGUGGUAUCAGGAAAACCAAUCCUACACCGACGUAUGGACUCAUCCCAUGCACUCGUCACCAGCGUGGAAUGGCUAUCUUCUGAUGUAAUUGCCGCGGGGCUCAAAGAUUCCGCCAUCUUCCUUCACGAUCGUCGAAGUGGGGGAACUGCCACUCGCCUCCAGCACCCUCAUGCCGUAUCUAAGAUAAGAAAGGUCGACCCGUAUCGGAUUGUUGUGGGGGGAUUGAAAUCGCUCCAAAUGUACGACAUUCGCUACCCACCAAAUGGUCUACAACGUAACCCCAAACCAAUGGAUCGGAGACACACCUCUACAAGACCUUACAUAUCGUUCCGCGAUUAUUCGCCAGCAGCAAUACCCGAAUUCGACGUCAGCCCUGAGCUAGACCUAUUAGCCAGUGCCUGUGACGAAAAUAAGAUCCGAUUAUUCUCCCUCCGAACCGGCGAGCAGGUCUCCUCGCCCUUGUCGAAAUAUCAGUACUCGUAUCCCAUCACUUCUGUCUGUUUUGAAUCAGGCGAUGGGUCUUCUUAUGGACCCCAGACUCCGAGUUUGUUGGUUUGUGCUCGGGCUGCUGUUGAUCAAUGGAUAUGGUAA